AUGAACAUUCCGUUAGUUUCAUGGCUUUUCUUCAUAUUCUGCUACUGCUGCUGGACUCACCUUGCUGUUACUGUCACAUUGGUCCAUGGCCAAUGUCUUGAGGAUCAACAAUCAUUGCUGCUUCAACUAAAGAGCAGCUUCGUAUUCGAGCAUGAACAUUCAAGCAAACUGGUGUCCUGGAAUGAAACCAUUGAUUGCUGUCGAUGGAAAGGUGUAACCUGUGAUAACAAGGGGCAUGUUUCUGGUCUCGACCUUAGCGAGGAAUCAAUCUGUGGGGGUUUUGACAAUUCCAGUAGCCUUUUUAGUCUUCAGAAUCUCCAAGUUUUGAAUUUGGCUACCAACAACUUCCAUUCUAAGAUACCAUCUGGAUUCAGCAAGUUGAAGAACUUAACUUAUCUGAAUCUGUCAUAUGCUUUCUUUGUGGGGGAGAUUCCAAUGGAGAUUUCUCAGUUGACAAGGCUAGUUACUCUUGAUAUCUCCUCAUCCAUUGAACUAAAUAUUCCAAAUCUGCAGAAGCUAGUCCAAAACCUCACUAGGAUCAGGUACUUGCAUCUUGAUUAUGUUGAUAUAAGUGCUUCGGGACAGGAAUGGUGCAAUGCUUUGUUGCAACUACCUGGCCUACAAGAAAUAAGCAUGUCAUAUUGCAAUCUCUUAGGCCCCCUUGAUUCGGCGCUUCACAAACUUAAGAAUCUCUCCACGAUUCGCCUUGAUGGGAACGACUUCUCAUCUGUGGUGCCGGAAACCUUUGCCAAUUUCAAAAGUCUAUCCACUCUAAGCCUUAGUGAUUGUGAAUUGAGAGGGAAGUUUCCAGAGAAGAUCUUUCAGAUAUCAGCAUUAUCUUUUAUAGAUAUAUCUGACAAUACAAAUCUGUAUGGUUCUUUGCUGGAAUUCGCAUCAAAUGAUCAUCUCCAGACUCUGAAGUUGAGUAUGACAAAGUUGUCAGGAGCAGUACCAGGUUCUAUAAGUAAGUUGAGGAAGUUGUCCAUCUUAGAUCUUUUUGGAAGCCAAUUUAGUGGAACACUCCCCAGUUCAAUGUCAAACCUCAUGGAACUCACUAUUUUGGAUUUGGGACAUAACAAGUUCACCAAUUCAAUUCCAUCUUUUAACAUGUCCAAGAAACUGACCCAUAUAGAUGUGUCUAACAAUUUCUUCAAUGGAAGCCUGCCUUCUUAUCUUUUUGAACUCCCAUUGCUACAAACCAUUGUACUUUCCAACAAUAAUUUUCAGAGUCACCCACUUGAGUUUUCAAAUUUAUCUUCUACCAUGUUCUUGAGCCAUCUAGGCUUAAGCAGUAACAAUAUACAAGGGCCAAUUCCAUCCUUCAAUAUGUUCAAGAAUCUCACUCAUUUAGACCUGUCUCACAAUGAUUUAACAGGUUCAAUUACAUCUGAUCACUUCAAAGGCUUCAUGGAGUUGAACUACAUUGAUUUAGGGGCCAAUCGCCUCAACGGAAGCCUACCUUCUUCUCUUUUUGAACUUCCAUUGCUAGAAUAUCUUAAACUUUACAACAACAAUUUUCAAGCAUUCCCACAUGAAUUUCCAAACUUAUCUUCCACCAUGUUAAAGACUCUGGAUUUGAGCAAUAAUAGCUUACAAGGCCCCAUUCCUGAGUUCAUUUUUCAACUCAAGUCACUAGAAGAACUCCUGUUGUCUUCAAACAAAUUAAAUGUUACAAUAUACACAAAAAUGUUUCGGAGGCUUGAAAAUCUAACUACACUAGAUUUUUCACACAAUAGCUUGUUGAUAGAAGCAAAUGUUACUGACUUGGGCAUAGAAGCAAAUGUUACUACUGACUUGGGCAUAUCUUCCAUCCUCAGAAAGUGGGAUGUAAAUUUGGCUUCCUGCAAUUUGACAAGGUUCCCUAGUUUUCUGCGAAAUCAGUCUAGAUUAUCCAAUUUAGACCUCUCAGGAAAUCUUAUUCAAGGACCUAUACCAAGGUGGAUUUGGCAAUUUUCCUCCCUUACUUUCUUAAACAUCUCCAACAAUUUGUUCACCAUGUUUGAAGAGCCGAUACAGAAUGUUAGUGCCUCUUUGUACUUCAUUGACCUUCACUCUAACCAAAUCCAAGGGAACUUUCCAACAUUUCUCUCAAAACAACUUUAUUUUUUGGACUGCUCGAUGAACAACUUCAGCUCUAUCAUUCCAUCAGAUAUUAGCACUUAUAUGUCUUCCACAUUUUUCUUGUCUUUCUCCAACAAUAGUUUAUCUGGGAACCUUCCUCAAUCCUUGUGCAAGAUGUCAUAUCUUCAAGCUCUUGAUUUUUCCUAUAAUCAGUUGAAAGGGAAGAUUCCAGAUUGUUUAAUGCGGAUGGAGUAUCUUAAGGUACUAAAUCUGGAGCAUAACAAGCUUGAUGGCCACAUUCCUGAUGCAUUUCCUCAACAUUCUGCACUAAAGAUUCUACAUCUAAAUGGAAAUCUACUUAGAGGCCGAAUUCCCCACUCUCUUGUGAAUUGCACAACUCUUGAAGUCUUGCAUCUUGGAAAUAAUCAGAUUUAUGAUGUGUACCCAUGCUUCUUGAGGAGGUUAUCCACAAUUCGUGUCGUAGUUUUGCGCGAAAACAGACUGCAGGGUCACGUUGAAUGUCCCAAGAUAAAUGGUUCUUGGCAAUCCCUCCAAAUUAUUGAUCUGUCUUUCAAUAAUUUUAGUGGUUUACUUCCUGGAGAAGACUUCAAAAGUUGGGUCACAAUGAUGCUUGGUGUUGGUGAAAAGCAAAACCGAUAUGAAGUCGUAGGCUUCUUUAUGAGAAACUACCAGGAUUCCAUGAUAAUUACCAACAAAGGCUUACAAUUGGAGAUGGUUAAAAUAUUAAGUGAUUUCACUUCUAUAGACUUCUCAUUCAACAACUUUCAAGGGCCAAUACCAGAAGAGCUUAUGAAUUUCACAAGACUUCAUGUUCUUAACUUCUCACAUAAUUCUUUCAAUGGCCAAAUCCCAUCCUCAAUAGGGAAUUUAAAGCAACUCGAGUCGUUGGACCUAUCCGGUAACGAAUUUGGUGGACGAAUUCCCACUCAACUUGCAAUUAUUUGGAAGAAUCCCAACAGGUACACAGCUUCAGUCCUUCUCAGAAGGUUCCUUUCUAGGAAACGCAGGCUUAUGUGGACCACCAUUAACAAAUAA